AUGGCCGCAGGUCGGUUUUAUGGAAACGCUGAUGUGGAUAUCAGGUACGAUGUUAUCCUGGAUCCCGUUCGAGAGUCUAACUUGUUCCGGCUCCUAAUGAGACUACAACUGGCGAUGGGAAUUGUACCGACUCCACGCCUGCCAAUGUGGUGGCCAAAGUGGCUCAAAUCGGUGGGAGUGGGCUUGGCCCGAGGCUAUUGCUCCAUUGUGAUUUUUACGUCGCUGCAUCUGGGAGUUCUCUUCACCAAGACCACGCUAGACGUCCUGCCCACGGGCGAACUGCAGUCAAUUACUGACUCCCUUACCAUGACAAUAAUAUACUUCUUUACCGGGUAUGGAACCAUCUAUUGGUGUGUCCGCUCCCGACGCCUACUCGCCUAUAUGGAGCUUAUAAAUCGGGAGUAUCGCCACCAUUCGCUAGCCGGGGUGACCUUUGUGAGCAAUCACGCUUCCUACAGGAUGUCACGAAACUUUACGGCGGUGUGGAUAAUGGCCUGCCUGCUGGGCGUCAUCACGUGGGGAGUGUCUCCUUUGAUUCUUGGCAUCCGGACACUGCCACUACUCUGCUGGUAUCCCUUCGACGCCCUAGCUCCGGUCACCUAUACGGCGGUGUACGCCACUCAGCUGUUUGGUCAGAUCCUAGUGGGCGUGACCUUCGCCUUUGGCGGAUCUCUGUUCGUGACCCUUUGCCUGCUGUUAUUGGGCCAGUUCGAUGUGCUUUACUGCAGCCUGAAGAACCUGGAAGCCCAUGCAAGGCUUCAUUCUGGCGAUUCCAUUAAGCAUUUGAGUGUAUUGCAAGGUGAACUGUUGCUGGAGGACUCUACCCGAGAGGUCAAUCAGUAUGCUUUCCUUAAAGAACAUCCCACGGACUUGUUGCUCCUCCUUUCGGGUUUCGGGAGAACUGAUCCACAAAGCCUUGACAAUGUCCUCCACAAAGGCUUAAAGGAGUGUGUCCGACUGCAUCGCUUUAUACUACACUGUUCCAUGGAGCUGGAGAACCUCUUUAGCCCAUAUUGCCUGGUCAAGUCCUUGCAGAUCACCUUCCAGCUCUGCCUCCUCGUAUUUGUGGGUGUCUCCGGGACCCGUGAGGUCUUGAGAAUAGUGAACCAAUUGCAGUAUCUGGGACUCACCGUAUUCGAGCUCCUUAUGUUUACCUACUGCGGGGAGCUGUUGAGCCGGCACAGUAUUCGGUCCGGGGAUGCCUUCUGGCGCAGUGGGUGGUGGAAGUACGCCCACCACAUCCGCCAGGACAUACUUAUUUUUCUGGUCAACAGCCGACGGGCGGUUCACGUUACCGCCGGAAAGUUCUAUGUAAUGGAUGUGAAUCGAUUGAGAUCGGUUAUAACACAGGCUUUCAGCUUCUUAACUUUGCUGCAAAAGUUGGCCGCCAAAAAGGCCGUACCGGAACUUUAA